UCGCUGGCCGCGCUGGGCGGGCCUGGCGGAGCCAUGGCGGCCGUGCGGGGCCUGCGGAUCUCGGUGAAGGCGGAGGCGAGCGCGACCACGGCGGAGCCGCGCGGCCCCGAGCCCGAGCCCAUGGAGGUGGAGGAGGGAGAGCUGGAGACCAUCCCCGUGAGGCGCUCGCUGCGGGAGCUCAUCCCGGACACCAGUAGGAGAUAUGAAAACAAAGCUGGAAGUUUCAUCACUGGCAUAGAUGUAACCUCCAAGGAAGCAAUUGAGAAGAAGGAGCAAAGAGCCAAACGCUUCCAUUUUCGGGCUGAGGUGAAUCUGGCCCAGAGGAACGUGGCCCUGGACCGGGACAUGAUGAAGAAAGCAAUUCCUAAAGUAAGACUGGACACCAUUUACAUUUGUGGAGUGGAUGAGAUGAGCACCCAGGACAUCUUUGCCUAUUUCAAAGAAUAUCCUCCUGCUCAUAUCGAGUGGCUGGAUGACACCUCGUGUAAUGUGGUCUGGCUUGAUGAAGUGACAGCAACACGAGCUCUAAUAAAUAUGAGUUCCCUGCCUGAUCAGGAGAAAACAAAGAGCAGAGAAAACAAUAAGGAGAAGACAGCUGAAAAAACCAAGAAAGAAAAACAGGAGGAAAGCUCCGAUGACGAGACAGAAGAAGGAGAGGUUGAGGAUGACAAUCCCAGUGAUGUGGAGUUGGAUGCCCUCUCCCAAGUAGAAGAGGAUUCUCUCCUGCGUAAUGACCUUCGCCCUGCCAAUAAACUGGCUAAAGGAAACAAGCUAUUCAUGAGAUUUGCUACUAAAGAUGACAAAAAGGAGCUGGGAGCUGCAAGGAGAAGCCAGUAUUACAUGAAAUAUGGCAAUCCAAAUUAUGGAGGCAUGAAAGGAAUUCUUAGCAAUUCUUGGAAGAGGAGGUACCAUUCCCGUCGGAUCCACCGGGAUGUGAUCAAGAAGAGGACGCUGAUUGGGGACGAUGUGGGCUUGACUCCUCCCUAUAAACAUCGGCACUCGGGCUUGGUGAACGUUCCCGAAGAGCCCAUCGAGGAGGAAGAGGAGGAGGAGGAGGAUCAGGACAUGGAUGAAGAUGACAGGGUGGUGGUGGAGUACCGGGAUGAGCUGCAGGCUUUCCGGCAGUCGCGGGAGCGCAGCGCCGCCAGGAGAUCCAGCGCCUCCGACUCGGAUGAGAUGGACUAUGACCUGGAGCUGAAAAUGAUCUCCACCCCCUCGCCCAAAAAAAGCAUGAAGAUGACCAUGUAUGCAGAUGAGGUGGAGUCACAGCUGAAAAAUAUUAGGAAUUCCAUGCGAGCAGAUAGCAUAGCCACCAGCAACAUCAAAAACAGGAUUGGCAGCAAAGGAUCCUUGGAGAAAGUUGCAGAUGUCAGGCUCCUGUUGGAAGAGAAACGUCAGAACAACUCUGGGCCACGGCAGCCAAACAGCACUGUCAAAUCAGAUGUAAGGCAGAGACUGGGGAAAAGGCCACACUCUCCAGAAAUCAAAGCUCCAAGCAGUACCUGUGCUCCUCGUCGAGAACCAAUCUCAGAUGUGCACAGCAGGCUGGGAAUCCCCAAACAAGAUGUGAAAGGCCUCUACUCUGACACCAGAGAGAAGAAAUCAGGUAAUUUAUGGACCAGAUUGGGAUCUGCUCCGAAGACACAGGAAAAGACUCCAGAGAAAGCUGAAAACUCUGUGGCAUCUCCAGAGGAAGAUGACUCUGAGCUGCAGAGGGUUUGGGGUGCUCUCAUUAAGGAAAAAGAACAGUCCAGGCAAAAAAAGAGUCGCUUGGAUCAUUUACCCUCCCUACAAAUCGAGAUCAGCCGGGAAAGCAGCUCUGGCUCAGACUCUGAAUCAUGACUGGGUUCACAGCCUGACCCUCCAGGUGCUGACUGCAGCCUGGCAGGAUCCCCUUUGCCCAAAAGCUGGACACUGGCAAAGACUCUGCAGUGAAGGUUCCAGAAGUGUCUCUGUUCCUUUUCUACAACAAGAGAGGCAUAAACCACUUGAAACUUAAAGCAAAGACAAUUGUCUGGAGUCUGUGGCUGGCCCUGUGCUCUGUAGGGCAUUGUCAUCUCUGUUUAUGACAGCAAACCUGUAGUGAAUUGUAGCAAAACAUUUUCUCCCCUGAGCUUUGAACUUAAAAGAUGAGGCAGAAAUGCUCUGUGUUUUUAAGGAGACCUUUUCUGUUCUUGAUGUUUUCAUCAUGGAGGCUUUUAACAAAAUGUUUUACACACUUCAUCCAAAGAACAGGGCAUUUAUUUCAUGAUCCAGAUCACUGCCUUGCCCUUCUGGCUCUUACCAGCACCUUUCCUUUCCUCUUGAAGUAAUAACAAUAAAGCUUCCUUGGUGAGCAGCCAGCAAGGAUAAAGCAUGAAGGGAUUGGUUUUCACAUUCCCUUCUUCCAACACACUGAAUGUAAAUCCAAGUUACACAUGUUAUUACAGUUAAAUUCCAUGUAGGUAUCCCAGUGGCACCACCAGAAUCCAAGGAAUCCUGUUCAUUUAUGUUGGUGAUGCCACGUUCUGCUGUAGCAGGGAUUAAGAUGUUCAGGACUGCAAGGUUGGAUGUUUGACAAUUGUGUGAACCCCCUGAGGGUUUGGGGGUUGUUUUUUUUGCUGUUGUUCCACGAGGAGAGAUUAUAUUCCUGUUAUUCCACCUGGAUUAUGUCCUGAAGCAAUCCAACAGCUGGAAAGCAUUUUUAUAUUUGUGAGAAUCUUCCCAUUGGCCACGGUGAAAGCUGUAGUGGUGUUCUCCUCUGUGCUGUUCUAUCCAUGUAGAAGUGAAAGAGAAAAGGAAAACUUUAGGAUCACUGUCUCCUGUCAAUAUUUUGGAUGUUCUUCCUGUAUAGUACACGUGGAUGUGGGCAUGGGUGACUUCUUCCAUUCAGGUUUUUUACCUGCACAUUUUCAUCCCUCGCUGGGUAGGACAAGGGUUUGAUCAGUGUGCAGCUGCUAUUUUUUUUUUUUCAUGUUGCCAGUAAUUCUGAGUGAGGAAUAAUGCAGCACAUCACAUUCAGGUAAACAACAGGUAGCAAAACCAUUGUAAUAAUCUGAAAUCUGUUUGCAUUGUCCCUGUUUCUUGGUUCUGUCAGUCCAAAAUAUCUGUGAACUCCUCUUCCCAUUUCUGCUUUUUAACAAGCAAAUUUUUCCUUUUUUAAAUUUUUUUUGCUCCCCCCCCCCCCCCCGUUUUUGUACUAAGUUGAAGUAGGUUUGAGAUUUCAGCAAGGAAUCUGCAAAAUUAACUUUUCUUAUGCUUUAUGAUGUGUGAGGAUAGCAGCAUGUCAAAUGAAAGGUCAAAUGACAGGCACAGUGACUGAAGGGGCAGUCUGGGGGCUGACCAGGCUUCAAGCCUUACUCUUUCCUUGUUUUGUGACACUCAUCCUUGAUUUUAUAUUUAAUUAUUGAAUAUAUAAAUGUCUCAUAAAAGUACUGUUGAGAGAAACGCCUGCAAUGUCUGAUCACUGUAAUAACUCAUUUUAAACGUGUGCUUUCACUGAUAUCCUCUCCCCAAGCUUUCCCAGGGAAUCACUCCCAUCUCUCCAGAUCCUGAUAAAAUUCAUUUCUCUGGUGUCUUUCUGCCAGUAAACCUUUGUGUUGUGUCACUGCUUUGAA